AUGGAGGCGCGAUCCCUGGCCCGAUGCCUCCGUCUGAGGCCGACAUCCUCCCUGCCCAGCACGCAGCCUACCCUCCUCCGCAGCCAGAAUGUCCUACGACCCUUCUCCACGGCCCGCCGCCUCUCCCAAGCUCCCUCGAGCAACACAGACCAACCCCCUUCUCCUCCCUCCGCCGGCUCAACAGACUUCGACCGGAUCCUUGACCAACUCAACCUCAACAACAGCAACAGCAACAGCAACAGCAACAGCAACACACCAGCCCACGAAGGCAGCCAAGGCCCCACCACCGCAGCCCACUCCGCCCCCUUCGCCGACCCUCUCUCGCUCUCGCGCGCGGUCAGCCUGUCCGCCGAGACGGAGAACUACCGGCAGCCGGCGGCGCGGCGCGUGGAGCUGAAGCUGGGCCCCACGCUGGGCCGGCAGGUGCAUGUUGAGCCGGAGCGGGGCACGGAUCUGACUGCGGCGCUGCGCGUGCUGCAGGCGAACAUUGCGACGAACAAGGUGCGGGCGCAGUGGCAUGGGCAGAAGUUCCAUGUGCGGAGGGGCCAGAUGCGGAAGAAUCUGCGCAUGGAGCGGUGGAGGAAGCUGUUCAAGUUUUCGUUUAAUAAGACGGUGGCGAAGAUUCAGCGCAUGAGGGCGCAGGGUUGGUGA